CAAGUUGAGAAAACGUGAAAAAAGGUGUCAACAUUGAAAAAUAGGUUAUGAAAAUGCGCAAAAAUGAUGUAAAUUUUCAAAAAAGUGUUGUGGCGCACAAAGGACUGUCACAGUGUGGAAAAGGUCAAAACUGGAAAGAAAGUUGUGAAAAUGCGCAAAAGUGUUGUAAAUAUGCAAAACAAAUCAAGCCCACGAAGAACUGUCACAGUGGGGAAAGAGCCUUCAAUGGUCCACCAAAUUUGCCCAAGGAUGCUUGUGUGCUUGUGUUGGUGUGAAUACACACACCAACUAUCUUACUUGGAUGCAACCAGGCCCAAAAGGUACAAAAUGUCAGUUGAAAAGUUGCAACUCGCGCCAGUCUCAAAGCAAGAGCGGAAAUGAUUCUUCAGUGUUGUUGUUGCUGUUGUACAUCCCAGGUUUUUGAAGUCAAAACACCAAGCCUUAACAUUUUCCCAGCUCUCGGCGGGAGUUCCGCGGCCUUUUCUCGAUUGCUCCUCCGCCUAAAAGAGGAGAGUGCUCGAACGAAGGCCGCCAAAGACAAACCAAACGUCCGUGAGACCAUGGACAAGAGACGAGAGAGGAAGAGCGAGAGGAGAAAAAGUUGCAGUGGAAUCUUUGGACUCUUGGCAAGUUGUGCCUUUGAUAGACUGGUUGGACUUCAGUGAUGUUUGUCAGUGUAUCCAAGUUUGUUGGAAAGAAACUUGUGUUUUCGCCCCAAAAAGACCCAAAAUCCUCUGUUUAGUAUUCAUAACAACCAACUGGAAAUCUUUAUGAAAGAUUCAUCCAUAUUAAUACUUUGAGAGAGGCCACGAGCUGCCGUGGGAACCGGGCGAAGAAUGGAGUUGGGAACGGAUUUUUCAUCUCCAUUGCCUUAUUAUCUGAAUAGCACGGAGCUCGAGAUCGUCCCUGAGCGUGGCAUCAUUGCCCUCAAUUACCUCAAUCCCUACGUGGGAUCACCAAUGGUGGCCGAGCCAGUUCCUCCGGGAAUCAAUAUCUUCAACAUAAUGAACUUGACAGUGGCAGACGAUGUCUCUCGAUUGGAGGAGUGGACCAUCCUCAUCAAUCCCAAUAGCACCAAAUAUGCCAAACUCAAAUCGUUCUUCCAGGAGAUACGAGCGCUUCUGUGGAACCUUGAUAUCCCAGAAAACAUCUACUAUCUGCUCCUCGCCCUGUACAUACCCAUCAUCAUUCUUGGUUCGGUGUUGAACUUGGUAAUUUUAUGCAUCAUUCUAUCCUCGAACAAGCUUCGAGUGGAUCCUCGGAAUUCUUUCAUUGUGGGUUUGGCCUUCUCGGACCUGUCCUUGUGUCUCUUCACCUCACCGUUGACAUUGUGGUACACUUUGGAAGGCCGUUGGCCAUUGGGUGGCAAGACCGAGUUCAUCUGCAAGUUUGUGAUGGCUGGUCAAGACUUUCCGAUCUUUAUGUCAUCUUUCUGCAUUGGUGCCAUUGCUUGUGACCGAUUUCGAUUCAUUGUCCAAUCCCAUCGAAAACAGAUGACCGCAAAACAGGCCUUUGUGGUGUCCUUUGUUCUGGGUGGGAUUAGCACGGCCUUUGUUUCGCCAGUGUUCAUGACGGCCAAGUUGUGGCAAUAUCCGUACUUUGGUGACCGAUAUUUCUGUCAAGUCGAUUGGGUGGACCCUUCUCCUGUCAAUUACACCAUCAUCGCCAAUUCUUUUCAUUUUCUCCUUACCGUGGUGAUUGUUGUUUGCUUAUAUGCAGCCAUAUAUUACCGGAUACGCUCUCGACCACCCAGCCAAAACCCCAAUGUAAACAGAAGACGACGAAGAACAAACAUGUUCCUUGCCUUCAUCACUAUUUUCUUUUUCCUGAGUUGGACUCCGUCGGUCUUGUACAGUGUAUUUCACGAUUUCUUUCGCCAACUUUUACCCGAAAGGCAUUCUAUGCCCUCUGUGGGCUAUGCCUUCUCUUUGAUCUUCGGCCUCAUGAGCUCGAUAGCCAAUCCAAUAUUGUACACAUCCCUCAAUGAAAGCUUUCGAGAUGCUUUGCGCGAUUCCCAAUUCAGCCGAUGGGUCUCAGUGCGGAGGAGUAGUCAAAAACUCCAAAACCGCCGAAGCCAAAUGGGGGAAUAUGACCCAGAAACCACUAAAAACAACAAUGACAAGAUCGAGGAGCGCCAGUUAAGUGGUUGCAGUCGAACAGUGGUUCUAAUUCUUCAGGAAGAAGGCUCUGGAAAGUUAUCCCUCCCUUCGCCUCUUUCAGGAAACGGGUUUGACGUAAGUAGGGUUACAGUGUCACCAAAGUCGGAACUACCAGAAGUGCAGAUCCAAGGACAUUUGUCAACUGAGAUGAAGAAGAAGAAAAAGAAAAAGGCCGUCCUCUUCGAUGGCUUGGAUCCGGAAGAGAAAAAUGAACCAAGGCUGUGCAAACCUGAUAAUGAAGAAGAUAGACAACUUUUGGAAACUGACUUGUGAGCUUAUUGUCAAGAGGCAUCGCUUUAGUGUAUUGGUGGCAUGUGACAAGCACCUGUUACGAUAUCUUCAACAAAGCUUAAGAUUUGUCAGGAAGUUUCCACAAUUUCCCCUGCGAUAGAAAGGGUGAACAAUAUCUCAUCAACUUUUUUCUUUAAGACCAGUAUUUUACUUACUUCGAUUUGUCUUGGUACAGACCAUUUUUUUGACUUUUCAACCUUUAGCAGGGCGGAGAGUCUAAAUCUCAAACAGGCCUGAGUUUGACAUGUCAAAAGAAGGGUCAAACAUAUUUUAAAGAUAAAACUCUUCAUAUCAAUUUGCAACUUCGAUUAUGGGCAAUGCUGUGUUUUUGCGAGAGUGAAAUGGUCCCAAUAAAACCUCUCUACUACAAUAA